AUGGACUCCGAAUCUGCAAGUAACGAUGUUGAAAUGGAGACUGAUGAAAGCAGUCUGACAGCAUCAGCACACAAAAUGAAAUUCUUAAGUAAUGGGACAAAUGAACGAGAUUCCCCAAAAAUGUCGCGGGAAAAGAAGUCUUUGGGAAAUGUUUUAGAGAAUGGAAUGACAUGCAAUGGUGCGGUCGCUGCCAAUGAUUCAGACAUGUCUGGUGAAGGAGGUGAUGUGGCUACUGCCGAUGAAGCUGAUGUGGCUUCUGGCAAUGAUUCAGAUGUGUCCGGGGAAGGAGCUGAUGUGUGUGAUGAGCGGAAGGAAGAACAAAUGGCUCAAAAGUCAUAUGAUGAUGUUUUGGGAGAUGAUGUUGGUAAAAAGUCUAAAGGAAAAAAGUCAGUGCUCCCGUCAAAUGGUAAGGAUGAUGUACAUAAAGACAAACCUAAUUUGAAAGAGGAUGCAAAGAUGGGCAGUAAAGGGCCUCCCGGGAAUUGUGAUGGUGAAGAAGAUUCUGGAGGUGCCCCUCCUAAUAUUCAGCGCUGGUUCGAGUCUGAAAAGGACAUCAAGGCUGAGUUGAGUCCAGGUACAGUUGCUGGCAUUUCUAGCAAGAAUACAUGUUUAGAUGAGGUUGGGGCAGCUGAUAAAAAACUAACAAAACAUGAUGAUGAUGAUAGCCUUAAAGAGGAUACACAACAGCCGAUAACUAUAAAAACUGAGGUAGAUGUGAAUCAAGAAGAAGAUACAAAUAGUGUGAGCAAAGAGAGCUUGAGUGGAGGAAAAGAUGAUGAAAAUAUUAACAAAGAAGAGGAAGGGUCAGUAGAUAAAGACAAAGAGAAGGUGACAAACAGUAAAAAUUUACGCAGCAAAAAUAAGAAAAAGAAGAAUGUUGAAGCUGCAGUUCCUUCAGAGGCGGCUGUGGCUGCAGCUAGAAUCCAGAAGAGCAGUGCAACAAAACAGGAUAAAGGAUUCAAAGAAAACGGAAAGAAUACCCAGCCACGUGAUGACCCAGGAAUUGUUGCGGAACCUAAGGCUGCCCGGGCUAGCGGCUUUAAAAAUGCUCUUAAUUUUGGUAUGUCAGGAUCUGGAGCAGGCACAUCUGGUUUGAACCAGACUUUAUCAUCCCCAGGUCAAGGUUUGCCACUGUCAACUUCGAUGAUGCAUGGACUGAUGCCAGGUUUUCCAGCCCAUGGGAUGUCCUCUUUACCCGGUAGUUUCCCCUUGUCUACGGGAAGUCCUGGGGCUCAUCAUGGUCCCAACCCACCAAUGCACGUCCCCACAGUUGCCCCACCAAAACCUAAAUCCAGUCUGGAUCAGAUUGAACUCAUCCGAUGGGAGAUUCAAAAUCGGAUUAACACCCGUCCCAAGUAUUUUAAGCCGAAUCCGUCAUCUGAUCUUGGACCUCUAGCCAAGUUUCUUUUUGAUAUCGGCUCUGACUUGAUCAAAGAAGCCGUCUACCACGACCUUGUGAAAAUUCAGUCGAAGAAAAAUGGUGACAAUAAACUGAAUGCGAAAGAGAAAGAAGACCUUCAGAAACUCAAAGAAAUUGAAAAGGAUUUGUUUGCGACCAUUGGACAUUUGAAACUCAAGUUACGACAGAAGUGUAAGGUUUGCAACUUUCAGACGGAAUCAAACAAUGUAAUGUAUUUUCAUAAGCAAUAUCCACACGAAGAUAACAAGUCUUUGAGGUGUGCCCAUUGUCAGUUUACCACAAAACAAGCAAUGGCCUUUAAGUUCCAUAUGGAAGCGGAGCAUGGCGUACAGGCUAAGCUUCAUGACAAGAAAGCCUUUUAUGAGUGUGAUCUGUGUCCAUAUGAGAAUAAUCAGGAGCAGAAGCUGGUACUUCACAAACAACGAUGCAUCAAGCAGUUUCGACCCUUGUUUAACCUUCAUCCCAGUUGCCUUUCUGGAGCUGAGAUCAACCUGUGCUUGGAGAACAUAUUCUAUAAGCCAAUUGUUCCAAAGAACUUGAAGCUGCUGCAGCAAAAGCAUGCCCAGCAGCAGGCAGCCCUGGCGGAGGCCAGAAGACAGCAGGCUCAAAUACAAGCCUUGGCAGCUCAGAAGAAUGCAGCAGCUGUGGCUGCCAAGAAACAGCAGCAUUUGCAGAAAAGGCUGCCUGCCACACCAUCUCCACGUGCCAAUGCUCCGUCUGGUGGAAGAAUGCCUGCUCCACCAAGAAUGCCCGCUGCUCCAAGAAUGCCUGCUGCUCCUAGAAUGCCUGCUACACCAAGACUGCCAACACAGUCGCCGGCUGUUCGCUACAAUGCUUCAAAUGCAAAGCCUUGUCCUACGGUGGCUACCAUGUUGAAUGCCAAACAAAGCCCUGCAGCUACCCCUCCUGGCGCUGGUGUAGCAGGCAGCGUCCCGGCUGCUGGUGGCUUUGAAGUCUGUGAAAUAUGCGGUGGCUACGUUAAAGAUAGAAAGGCCCUGCGUAUACAUUUCUUCUACGCUCACCGCAUAGACCUACCGUUCAACCUGUUUGACCGCACCCAUGCUCCGCUUUACUGCGCCACAUGUUACGUCCGAUUCUGGACAGCACACGGCCUCCGCAAACACAUAGAUACUCACAAGGAAGAAAACCAGACGAGGGGUGUUGUGGGCAAAUGCAUAUCCUGUGGACAUCACGUGCUGAACCUGUUGCUGCACAUGCGGGUGGUCCACAACCGGGAGAUGCAGCACUACAUCACAGCCCUCAUGUGCAUGUUCUGCGGGAACCACUUCAGUUCACCUCAAGAGUGCGAGCAGCAUAUACUGAAAGUUCACGGCCACAUUGAUCCGCUGACCGGAACUUUAAAAUCAGCACCAAGUGGUGGUACUGCACCACAACCAGCUGCUCAGAAGCCAGCGCCGACCAGCAAAAAGCCAGGAAACAACAAUUUGGUCAAGGGGAGCGUGUGUGUCUUGUGUAAUCUGAACUUUGGACGUAAUGUUGACCUGACCAGACACUGCAUGCGCAUGCAUCACACAUGCAUGAAGUGCGGUAUGGUGGUGAUUGAUAAGGCCUCCUUGAUGAAGCACACGUGCCUGUCCUCCCCUAGCGGCACCCGGGACUGUGCCAUGUGUGGGGAGACGGGAUUCCACCCCGCUUACUAUGUGAAACAUUUGAGAGACAAACACUUACAAAAGUUUAGCAUCCGGGUCAGCAAGCUCGGCAGAAAUACAAUCGAGCGCUGGACAAAGCGUCCUUAUCCUUUCAAAGACACUGAUGUUCUUGAAAUUUCAGAUGAUGAUGGUGACGAGGACGGCUCUGAAGGUAAAACAUCACCAAAGCCAGCGGUAUCUACAGCAGGGAAGAGGCCGAGAAUCGGGCCUGCCAGCAAGAUAGGGAGAGCCAAGAUAAACCCUGAACCAGUUGAUACACCGGCACCAGUAGACACACCGGCACCAGUAGUGGAGAAAAUUGAUGAAGACCUAGCUGAAGAUGCAUCAGACUGUGCCAAAGACGACGAGGUCACCAAAGAAACUGCUAACGAUGACGACAGUCAUGAUGAAUCCAGUGAACCUUCACCGGGCCAGAAGCGGAAAAGGUCGGAAUCCCCAGGAUCGGACAAAGAUUCAAAGAGAAAAAAAUAA